CCUAGGAGUUCCUGUCAUGGCCGUCAUGGGAAGUGUUUAUCCAAGGAUCUUCUCAUAACCUGGCAUAUUCUCUGCCAUUUCACACAUGAUAUGAAAUGGCAGCGGUUUUCCUUGUGACGUUGUACGAGUACUCCCCGCUGUUUUACAUCAGUGUGGUGUCUCUGUGCUUCCUGGUCACCGCCGCCAUGGUGCUCGGCUGGUUUGGCUUUGAUGUCCCAGUGAUCCUUCGCAGCUCUGAUGAGACUGAGUCCAUCCUGCCCACCCCUGAAAAGCUCAUGGUUCAGGUGACCAAUCCCUUUGCCCUGGAGAUGGGCUCUGGGCCAGCAUCUGUCACUGAUGGUGUGUCAGUAAGGCCCUGCUGUCUGGAGCCCUGCGUCUUGAGCUUUUUCUGGGGCUGCAAGGUUCGUGACCUGAAGGGAGCGCUGCAGGCCCACCACCAUGGCCCAAGGCUCAGCACCCCCCAACAUUUCCAGCAGGCCCUGCAAUUCUGCUACCGCCACUACCAGAGCUUCCAUAUUGGCAAUGAAGACAGAGAGGAACGACACACACAGAUCCCUGCUGAACAGGGGAUCACAGAUUUUGGGCCGUUGCCGAGGGAACGCUACCCUCUUGUGGCGGUGUUGACGCUGGCAGAGCCAGAAGCCAGAGACACGUACAACAUCGUGGCCAGUGUGACUGUUAUUCAUGUUCCUGAUGACAAAUACAGCCUUUCUGAGAGGGUUCUCUUUCAGUACCUUCUCACCUCACAGGGGAACAUGUACGAGUUAAAGCCUCUCUUCAUGUCAGCCGACAGCGGGGUGGCGUCUGUUUGCCCCGACUCAGAGCAGUGUACCCAACCCAGCGAACCCAACGUUGAGGCCAGCAGAGUGGAGCAGGGUCCAGUGCAGGAGGAGGACUGGUCCGAGGGGAGGGGCAGAGACUGCGUGGUGUGUCAGAACGCAGCGGUGAACAAGGUGCUGCUGCCCUGCAGACAUGCCUGUGUGUGCGACAGCUGCGUGUUGCACUUCCAGCACUGCCCCAUCUGCAGGGCCUUCGUCCUGGAGUCCUUCACCCUGACACAGGAACCGGCUGCAGAGCAGUGACUGUGCACUGAACCACAGGGUGUUAUCGAAGAACUAAUAUGCAGCAAGAUAAAAUAAUGCAAAUAAUGAUACAUAAUAUCAUUAAUUGCACUGUAGGGGGCGCUAACAGCAGAGAUAUCAUUGAAUGUGAUACACUGACAUGAGCCAUAUGCUGUUACCCAGUUCAUUCUACAGACUAACUGCUGCAUGAUUUCCAGUCAUUUAAACCUCUGUGAAAUUAGUCACAACACCGCUCAUCAGUUUGAGAUCAUGGAGGAAGAAAAGAAGUUUCCAUGUUUGGAAGGAUGUAAAGAUUUUGGGAUAUUUUCAUGUACAGAUUAUUUAUGUUUACACCAUUUUUGUGUGUAUUUGUUUUACAAUGUGACCUCUUUUACAGCGCAGUAUUUAUUGACCACAGCCAAUCAAUUCCUCAGCUUUAACAGACAACCAUUAACUAUGAACUAAAAUGAAGAAUUAAAAAGAUUGAUUGUG